GUCAACAUGACUAGAAAAGAUGGGAUCCCCCGCCGUUCCCAAUUUUGAUCCCCAACAGUAAGCAUGUCGUCUGCUGUCAUGAUUGUCGCCGCAGCGGUUUCAGUCCCAUUUAUCGCCAUUCUCCUGCACAAGGCGAGAAAGCACAGGAAACCGUACCGUAAAAAAGUAAUAUCCAUUUUCACAAGGUUCCCUAGCCCUGGGGUAACGAAGACCCGCCUCAUACCGUGCUUGGGUGAAGAGGGCGCGUCUUAUGCUCAACGCAGAAUGACAGAACACAUCUUGGAGCGAAUGAAAAAAUACUGCAGACAUCAUGAAGACACUGACAUAGCUGUUUGGUACAAUGGUUCCACUGAGGACAAUAUGCGAUACUGGCUGAUCCCCAAAUCAGGGGGAGAUAACUUCAUGUACUUCUUCCAACAGCCACCAGGUGGCCUCGGAGAAAAGUUAAGGGAAGCAACUUUGUCUGGGUUUAGAGGAAACAGAGAGUAUGUAGUAAUAAUAGGUUCCGACAUACCAGGGCUUGAACCUGGGGUGAUGGAGGAAGCGUUUGAUGCCCUGAGGGGUGGGACUGAGAUGGUGCUGGGUCAGGCAGAGGAUGGGGGGUACUUCCUGGUGGGCUUCUCCAAGGCUGCUGUCCACAAGAUAGGUGGUGUUUUUGAUGGGAUUGACUGGGGAACAGAGAAAGUGUUCCAACAGCAGUGUGCUAAAGCCAAGGAACUGGACAUCAAUCUCAAGAUUCUGAACACAAAACUGUCUGAUGUGGACACGGAGGAAGAUUUGUCAGUGUUAGAGGGGGCCCUACAGAUUCAUCGCCAGAGUUUGACGGACAGGAAGUGGAGUGUGAUAGUCCCGACAAUGAAUGAGGAGGAAAACAUCAUCAGAACACUGCAGACGGUCUGCCAGAACUGUAGCAGUGAGGCCAGAAUACAGGAAAUAAUUGUGUGUGAUGGUGGCAGCAAGGAUAACACAGUUCAAAAGGUCAAGGACUUUUCUCAGAGGGUCAAUGUUCCUGUCAAGGUCACUCACAGUCAGCCGGGUCGAGGAUUUCAAUUCAAACACGGAGUAGAGGGAGCCACAGGUGACUUCCUGUUGUUUCUGCACAGCGACACCCACUUGCCGUCAAACUUUGAUGUCGCUGCAGAAUCUUGCCUGAAGAGGCCAGGGAAUGUGGCGGGAUCAUUUGCGUGGAGCGUGGACACUGAUAGAAGCGAUGGUUGGUUUUUCAACCUGGAGAUGAGAAUUUUAAAAUACUUCACCAACAGGAGGAUACAGAAUCAUGAAUUGCCAUUUGGAGAUAAUGCCAUGUUUACAACCCGCCAUGUUUACGACCAGAUAGGAGGAUUCCAGGAAGUCUAUCUAUUAGAGGAUGUUCUCUUGGUAGAGGGGCUUUGGAAAGUCGGCCAUAUUGGAAUAGCAGAAGGAGAGCCUGUUAUCACGAGCGCACGUCGAUGGAGGAAGUGGGGCCUCUUUAGGAUAACUGGCCUGAACCGCCUCAUCUUGUUUGCACAUUACCUAGGUGUCUCCACAGAAACGCUGGCUCUGUGGUAUUAUGGAGACAAACUCAGAGUUGUCAUGGCAGCAAACAAAAAGGAUGCCUGAAUAAAUGUGUUGAUUCGUAUUUGACCUUACAGAAGGUCAAGGUGACAUUGUGAUGGGAAGAAUAGGUACCCUAGAACAGAUCUGGAUGAAGAGUUAGUGUUAAGUUCUAAUUCAUGAACAAAAUCUAUUGUAUGUAGACGUACUGAUAGAAUUAGCAUCCGAUACAUUGUCAGGUGUAACAAGCUUGUAUAGCAUAAACAACAUGUGUGCAUAAAUGUUUUAUAAUAACUGUUAGAUUUAUUUGACAUUUUAUCUAUUUUUUGUAUAUUUUAAUGUUUUUAUGAAUAUAUGUUUCAGAUAUACCACCAGUGCAUGUCUUAUUUUGAAUAAAAAAGAAAAACUAGUACUGUACAUGUACAUGAUUGUAUUUUUAAUAAAGAACAUUUAUAUUU